AUGACGUUAUAUUUUUACAACAGCACAGAAAAUGGUACUGAGCUGGGCCACGCUGGGGACAAGCACAGGAGUGAUGCUCCUAAAGGACAAUAUGAGAAUGGAGUCGUUAGGGUGAAGCUUUUUCCAGUGCAAGUAGAAGAUAGUGGGCAGUAUGUGUGUGCGGUGACAAGCGAUGGUGUCUAUCAAGAAGCUAUCGCCCAGGUGAUUGUUGCAGGUUUUGGAUCUGCACCUCGCCUAACUAUAGACCAUCAGCGGAAUAAUUCAGUCACUCUGAGGUGUACGUCCCAAGGGUGGUACCCACAACCUGAAGUAUGCUGGACUGACAGCACAGGACAAAACAUAACUGCUAUGGCUGAAACAAGAAUCCAAAAAGAUGUGACAGAUCUGUAUCAAAUCCACAGUACGCUCAGGGUAGCAGAUAUUGCUUCUGACACUAUCUUAUGCACUAUAAGAAACCCCUUGCUGAAGAGGCACCGCAAAAAAGUUAUUGCAAUUUCAGGUUUCUUUGAUGUGGAGGCAGAAUAUGACAUAAUUACCACUGUAAUUGGAGAAAAUGCCAUUCUUCCCUGCCGGCUGAUUACGAAACAUCUGCCUCCUAGCAUGGAGUUGCAAUGGAGGAAAGUUGGACCUGGAAAGGAUAAGCUAAUCUAUUUCUAUCUCUAUGAUGAAAGCAGCCCCCUGGUUAAUUCUUAUCCACAGAGUGACAAAUGCCCAAUGAGCUAUUUGUCUCCAAAUGGAGACAAUAGCAGAGAAUGGCUCAGGAAGGAAUAUGAAAAAAAGGCAGAAGUUUUUAAAGGAAAAGAGUUUGGGAAAGGAAAUAUUUCUCUGAAACUGAAUAAUAUUCAGGUGGAAGAUGAAGGGAAAUAUGUAUGCUCUGCCUCAGCCAACUUUUUUCACAGAGAGAUCAUCAUUGAAGUCUUGGUUAUAGGUAAGAAAAGCCUGGAACUGGAGAAAGCAAAUGUAGCAGAACUCUGUUAUUCUAUCUCCCCAAGAGCCAGCAUGGGUUUGUCCCUUAUCUACAGCACAUUUUCUAUUGCUUUGUCUAUUAUUGCUUUAAAACUCCUAAAUAAUGGAGUUUCCACUUCUUCCAUUGGGAAGCUACUACAUGGUCUAAUGCAUCUCACUGUGAGAUCAGUUUCCUGUUUUCAGAAGUGA